CCCAGCUGUCCCAAGGGCCACAUAAGCUCCUCACGGCGCCUACAUCUUGCUUUCUUCUUUCUACUUCUUCCUCAAUAAACCCUCACCAUUGUCAUAAUGGCUUUCCUACACAAGUUCGUUGCACUCUUCGUGCUCAUCGCUAUCACGCUCUCGUUCCUGAUCCAGUCUGCUGAGGCAGCGAAGGGACCUCUGAUCACCAACAAGGUCUACUUCGACAUCAAGCAUGGCGAUAAAGAACUCGGCCGCAUUGUGAUCGGCCUUUACGGCAAGACCACCCCCAAGACCGCCGAGAACUUCCGCGCAUUGGCAACCGGCGAGAAGGGCUACGGCUACCAGGGCUCCAAGUUCCACCGUGUCAUCAAGAAGUUCAUGAUCCAGGGAGGAGACUUCACCAAGGGCGACGGAACCGGCGGAAAGUCGAUCUAUGGCGAGAAGUUCCCCGAUGAGAACUUCAAGCUGAAGCACACUCGCCCCGGACUUUUGAGCAUGGCCAACUCCGGAAAGGACACCAACGGAUCGCAGUUCUUCAUUACCACUGUUGUCACUUCUUGGCUCGAUGGCAAGCAUGUCGUUUUCGGCGAGAUCCUCGAGGGCAUGGAGAUCGUCACCGCGAUUGAGAACGCUGAGACCAGCUACGGCGACAAGCCCAAGCCGGACGUGGAGAUCGUCAAGAGCGGAGAGUUGGAGGUUCCUGCUGAAGAACCCGAAUCCCCCGUUCCAAACGCACCAGCCGGCAUCCCCGCCGGCGCUGCAAUCGAUGAGCUUGAACUCGACAAGUCCGAGCCUGUUAUCGUCGCCCCCCACGGCGUCUAUGAGAAGGCCAAGGCCCACGGUCUGUCGUUCGGUGAAUUGCUGUUCAUCCUCGCCAUCAUUUGCGGCGCUGCCUGGUUCUACGUCAGGAUGAGAAGGAGGGCAGCUGCCACUGAUAAGAUCCACGAGUAACGUCGAAGCUGGCUUUGGCGGGGGGAGGCGGGAGGAUGAAGAGGAGGAAGAAAAUGAUACCGAUUGUUUAAACACAUGUCAAUUUGCAAUUGCUUGAUAUAGAUUUCAUUUGUGAAGUAACAAUGAGGUGAGGGGCCGAAAUGGCUCCUUCAUUAUCCUCUAGAAAGACUCAGCGAGCCAGCGGAUUUUUUUCGUUUAAUUCUGAUGUAUUCGACCUCUCUAGACCAUAGCAUCGGUAGCAAGUUAGCGUGUUUUUUUUGUUUGAAUCUUCAAUGCUUUCGAUCUCAUGUAGGCAGAUUAUGGCAGUUACAAAACCGUGUGCCCCCAUUGCCCC